CUAUUAAAUUGGUUCGUUUUAAUUACCCAUAAGGUUAAUUGGUCUUUAGGGUUUGUAACACUGAUUUUAUCUUGAUUGUUUAGAUCUCUUGUUUAUCGAUCUGUACUGUCACACAAGUUUCUUUUUGUGAAAUCACUAAUUUUCUUUGAAUUCAUUUGACACAAGAAGGUUUUCUAUUAUGUCUAUAGAAAUAGAAUCUGCUGAUGUAAUCAGACUAAUUGAACAAUAUUUAAAAGAAAAUAAUCUCCAACGGACUUUGACUGCACUUCAAGAGGAAACUUCUAUUACUUUAAAUACCGUUGAAUCAACUGAGAGUUUCGUGAACGAUAUCCAAUCUGGUCACUGGGAUGUUGUAUUAAAAGUGGUACAAAGUCUCAAAUUGCCUGAUAAAAAGUUAAUCGAUCUAUUUGAGCAAAUUGUGAUUGAGCUUAUUGAAGCAAGAGAGCUUGGAGCGGCUCGAAGUUUAUUACGACAAACAGAUACUAUGGUCAAAUUGAAACACGAAAAUCCUGAGAGAUACAUUAAUUUAGAGAAUUUACUCACUAGAAAUUAUUUUGAUCCCAAAGAAGCUUAUCCUGAAGGAAAUUCUAAGGAAAAGAGACGAAAUCACAUAGCUCAGUCUCUAUCCAAAGAAGUUUCUGUUGUCGCUCCUUCCAGACUUUUAGCUCUACUUGGUCAAGCUCUGAAAUGGCAACAGCAUCAAGGGCUAUUACCGCCAGGAACAUCUAUCGAUUUGUUCAGAGGAAAAGCUCAGAUCAAAGAGCAAGAGGAAGAAGCACCUCCAAGUCAGCUGUCGAAGUCCAUUAAAUUUGGUGGACCGCGAGUUGAAUGUGCUCAGUUUUCUCCGGACGGUCAAUUCCUGAUCACCGGAACUGCAGAUGGAUUCAUUGAGGUUUGGAACUUCACAACCGGUCGAAUUCGCAAAGAUCUGAAAUAUCAGGCACAAGAAAAUUUUAUGAUGAUGAAAGAUGCGGUUUUAUGUUUAGCAUUUAGUCGUGAUUCUGAAAUGCUCGCUUCUGGUUCCAAAGAUGGUAAAAUUAAAGUAUGGAAGAUUCUUAGUGGGCAGUGUUUAAGACGUUUUGAGAAUGCUCAUACUAAGAGUGUGACCUGUGUCAACUUCUCAAAGGAUUCAUCUCAAGUCCUAUCAAGUAGUCAUGAUUGUACCAUAAGAAUUCACGGAAUCAAAUCAGGAAAAUUGUUGAAGGAAUUUCGUGGACAUGCAUCUUUUGUUAAUCAAGUAAUUUACUCAUAUGAUGGACAUCACCUCAUCUCAGCUUCGUCCGACGGAUCAGUCAGAAUUUGGAGUCUCAAAACAACGGAAUGUAUUUCAUCCUUCAAAGCGGCAGCGCUUUCAGGAGCCUCCAAUUUAGAUAUCACCGUCAAUAGUGUUGCCAUUGUCCCUCAAAAUCCUGACAAUUUACUGAUUUGCACUCAUAGCAACACUCUUGUUGUGAUGAACUCUCAAGGAAAGAUUGUCAAAACUUUUAGUUCCAAUAAAAGCGAAAACGGUGAUUUCGUAGCGGCUUCAAUCUCCCCCAAAGGCGAAUGGGUUUACGCUAUUGGAGAGGAUUAUCUUCUUUACUGUUUCUCUAUGGCCUCAGGGAAACUCGAAAAAACUUUGGAUGUUCACAAAAAUGUUGUCAUCGGAUUGUCUCAUCAUCCUCACAGAAAUUUAAUUGCCACUUACAGUGAAGAUGGUUUUUUGAAACUUUGGAAAUCAUAACUUUAAUGCCCAAUUUUGUACAAACUUGACUUUCGAUGAAACAAAUAAUCACAUUUGAUAAGAUUAUAAAAGUAUAAAAACUUGAUUGCUAUUCUAAUUAACAAGGAAUUUUUUGAAUUAA